AUGCAGCUCGCGUUUUGCUCGGCCCAUUGCCUGGAAUCAACUGCCGACGUCCCCGGCCUCUCGCAGAUAGACCCUGGAAUGCUUGCGCUGUUCCGCGCCAGCUGGCUUGGGCGCGACAGACGCCGUCGCGCCCGGCUGCUCCUCGACCCUUCCCUGGCCGCAGACGCGACGCCGCCGGCCUCGGGAUCGGAGCCCGUGCCCUUGAAAUCCGGGAUUGCCACCGUCAUGACCAGUGCUUUCUUCUGCGAGACAUCGCGGGAGUUCGACAAGGUGACCCAGGAGAUCCGGCGUGUGAUCUCCGCGGCCAAGAGCUGGGGCGAGUAUCGCCUUGCCUCUGGCAUGUCCGCCUCGCGCCCGUUCCCGUCGAACGCGCGCCUGGGCAUGCCGGCGCCGCGUUCCAGCGCCCGUGCAACCAACCGCCGGCUUAAGUGCGACCGCUGCUGCACCAUCGACGCGGGCGCGUUGGAUGGCCUCCUCGAGAAAACCAGCCUGGGCGAUGGCAUCCUCCCCGGCGAGAGCAAGAAAGAACUCCGCAUGCGAAUCGUCGCUGUCUGGGACCUCCUGCACUCUCUGCCGACGGGCUUCCUUGACGGGCCCCACGAAGACUUGGCCCAGUCUGCGCGCGUCCUUUUGAAGACCUCCAAGAAGAACGCCAGCGGCCCCGUGCUUUUCAGCAUGAGCGAGGCCGCGGCCCGGGAGUGGCCGAAGAUGACUACGACCGACCGUCUGUGGCAUUUUUUCAGGUCUGUCGGCGGCACGAGCCACUUCCAUGCGUGGCAGAUGUGCUCGGAUUGCCCAGCCGAGAUCUCCGAGUCAUCCGAAAUGCGUGCGGUGGGUCCGCGUUGCUACUCCUACCUACGCCUCGCCUACACGGCCGUCGACUUCCCGGCAACUUGGAACUCUGCGGCGGGGCGGGCGCUCGGCAUUCGCCUCGUCGAGCACCUCCGAACUCGUCCCGAAUUGCAAGGUCUGCAGUUUCCGGGGCCUACACUCAGCUUCAACGACUCCGAGCGCAAGAUGUGCGAAUCCGUGAAGACUCUGAAAACUUUGCACAACGACGACCUCCUCGUCCGCGUGGGCGAGUUGGGCCACGCCCUGCCGAGUGGCGCGCUGCUGGUGCCAGCCAGCGGACAAUUCCGCACGCGCAGAUUCCGCGUCGGUUUGGCAGCGCUGGGCCCGUGA